AGUGAUCUUGUCUUGUUUCGAAAUCCAGUGUUCCUGUACCUUGCACCCUCCCCUCCCCAGUCUCUGUUAUAUGUUCAGUCCUUCAGCUCUCCCCCCUCUCCAGCAUCAGGAUCGGCAGUUUGCUGCAGACUGUCCUGGGACCUGUUGACAUGUUGCACAGCUGCUGAUUCUGUGACUGACUCUACUACACCAUCAUGGGCAGCUCUACCAUAUACACUCCGGCCUCAGUGGAUGAGCCUGUUUCCAAUGGAACAGAAGGAACAUCAAGUGACUCCGGCUCUCAAGAGUCCAUGAAACUAAAGAAGGAGAUCUCACUGCUGAACGGAGUAUGCCUAAUUGUAGGAAACAUGAUAGGCUCUGGGAUCUUUGUGUCCCCUAAAGGAGUCCUUAUGUACAGUGCCUCCUAUGGCCUUUCACUGGUAAUCUGGGCAGUUGGUGGUAUCUUCUCCAUCUUUGGUGCAUUAUGCUAUGCUGAACUGGGCACUACCAUCACUAAGUCUGGGGCUAGCUAUGCCUAUAUCCUAGAGGCCUUUGGGGGGUUUGUGGCAUUCAUCAGACUCUGGACAUCACUUCUCAUCAUUGAACCCACCAGCCAAGCUGUCAUUGCCAUCACCUUUGCCAACUACAUGUUGCAGCCGAUCUUUCCAACCUGCGAAUCACCCUAUGCUGCAAAUAGGCUUAUAGCGGCUGCCUGCAUUGGUCUUCUUACAUUUGUGAACUGUGCCUAUGUGAAGUGGGGGACCCGUGUCCAAGAUUUGUUCACUUACGCUAAAGUGCUGGCUCUGAUUGCUGUCAUAAUAGCGGGAAUUGUAAAACUAUGUCAAGGUCAGACAGUGAACUUUGAAGACUCCUUUGCUGGCUCAUCUCAUGAUGUUGGUGAUAUCGCUCUGGCAUUGUACUCAGCCCUAUUCUCUUACUCUGGAUGGGACACCCUCAACUUUGUCACAGAGGAAAUAAAAAAUCCUGAGAGAAACCUGCCCUUGGCUAUUGGGAUCUCCAUGCCAAUUGUGACAGUGAUUUAUAUCCUCACCAAUGUGGCUUACUACACAGUAUUGGACUUUCGGGCUAUUCUAAGCAGUGAUGCUGUUGCUGUGACCUUCGCAGAUCAGAUUUUUGGGGUAUUUAAUUGGACGAUACCACUGGCUGUGGCCUUGUCAUGUUUUGGGGGAUUGAAUGCGUCAAUCCUUGCUGCAUCCAGGCUGUUCUUCGUUGGAUCUCGGGAGGGCCACCUUCCUGAUGCUCUCAGUAUGAUCCAUGUAGAGCGGUUUACUCCCAUUCCAGCGCUCCUCUUUAAUGGAGCAAUGGCUCUGGUAUAUCUGUGCGUUGAAGACAUAUUCCAGCUCAUUAACUAUUACAGCUUUAGUUACUGGCUUUUUGUAGGACUGUCUAUUGCUGGCCAGAUGUAUCUGCGCUGGAAAGAACCCGACAGACCGCGGCCCCUCAAGCUCAGUUUGGUGUUCCCAGUGGUAUUCUGUCUCUGCACCGUGUUCCUGGUAGCUGUACCGCUAUACAGCGACCUUAUAAACUCUCUUAUCGGGGUAGCCAUUGCAUUGUCUGGGGUCCCCGUCUAUUUCUUAAUCGUGCGUAUACCUGAGAAACGGAAACCACAGUGUCUGCGAACAUUAGCAGCUGCUGUGACGCGUUACACCCAAAUCCUCUGCUACUCUGUUGUGACUGAGAUGGAUGUACAGGAAGAGGUGUUAAAAUCUGAAUGACAGAAAUACAACACUACUGCGCCCGCAGAGACCUCAUGGGUUACAUAAUUUAUUGUUUAAACUGGAUGAGUGUUGUUAUCUCAUCAUCAUUUACCCCUUCACUGCAGGACAGUGUUCUGACUGGAAACAUUUUAGUCUUUUCUUUCUGGAAUGGAAGAGGUUAAUAAUCAGUCCCUAACUUGAGGCGGAAUAUUAAGCAAGCUGAUUGAUGCUGCUCUUUGUAAGUUAAAGUUCCCUCUUUCUCCUGAGCUCACACCUGCCCAAAGUGCCUUAUUGCUUCACAAUUCAGGAAGCCAGAGACUUCACAGACAGAUCAGCUGUGUAUUGCUCUUUAAAGUAACAAGACUGAGCAAACACCUGGUUGGUUGUGCACACAAAGUAAGAGAAGUACCAUUUUGGCAGAUUGUUGUUUGAAGCUUUGUGAUAAGAAAUAAACAUAAAAGAUAAACAA